ACAGUCAAAGAAGAAUUUAAAAACAAUAUUUCUUGGCUGGUUCGGUACAAAUGAAUCGUAAACUACAUAAUGUCCGAAAAGCCCCGACACCUUCCACUCUGGAUGGUGAAAUCUGACGUUAAAUGCAGUAAAGAUAAAGAAGUGGAAAAGAAGAAAUCACAUAAAACCUCAAAACAGAGAGCGAAGAAGCGACGGAGUGUCGUCACGUACUGGAUGAACGAGAGGGAGCUCGUGGAAACAGCGCUCAGCAUUUUGAAGGAUAAUAAGUCAUGUGCUAGAGAUGCAAUGCAGGCCCCGGAGGAGGUAAUGCUCAUUCCAGAGACAGAUGAAGACACGUCUGACUCAGAUGUACAGGACAGGACAUACGUUUCAAACAUUGCCGAGCAAGAGACUGUGCCAUAUGGACACUGCAUGGAAGAAAGUACCAGUACAAAACCAGACUGCCAUUUAAAACCUUAUCCGGAUGCUUCAGGAACUUCAGAGAAGCCUGGCGUGGAUGAUGAGGCUCUUGAGCUUGUUCGGGAGAUUUUUUUCACAUAAUUUAAGCCUAAAGUUACACAAAAGUUUUGUUACAGAUAAUAUGACCAAAUAUUUUAAGAAAUACUUAAUCAUUUACUAACCCUCAUGUCUGUCUGGCUUGCUUUCUUAUGUGGGACUUAAAAGAAGAUAAUUUGAAGAAUGUCCCGGUUGCUCUUUUCCAUACAGUUAAAGCAAACGAGGACUGGAGCUUUCAACUUUCAAAAAGUGACAUAAAAGUAGUUCAAAUGAGUCGCCAUAACCACUUUUAUGAUCCUUUUUUAGUCUUUUUGGAGCUUGACAGCUUUUUAAUGAAUUAUGAUGAACUAAC